AGAAAAAUAAAAAACAUGAACAACUUUUACUGCGCAAGACUAUUACGAGUUUGCUGGACUGCAAAAAAAAGAUUAUGGCACUAGGCUCUCAAUCGCGUGAAAAUCGAAUGCAGUUGAAACACAAUAUUGGAACCUGCAUAGACACAAUUCAAGACAAGCUGUUCAUUCUAAGCCAAGACAUAUGGAGGUGUCCAGAGCUUGCAUAUGGGGAGAAACAGUCACACGACAGGCUCGUUCGUUUUCUCUCUGAUGAUAACUUAUGGGAGGUUGAAAGUCACUACAAACUGCCUACCGCAGUUAGGGCGACAUGGGGCCCAUUUGGUGGCAAAGACGGCGACAGAGUUUUGAAUGUGGGAUUCCUAUGCGAGUACGACGCGUUGCCAGGUAUUGGCCAUGCAUGUGGACACAACCUUAUAGCAGAAGUCGGUGUGGCUGCUGCACUAGGGCUGACGGGUGCAUUAGGAUUAGUAAGAGAACCAACAGACUGUCUGACUCCUCUCCGUGUAAAGGUGACAGUUCUUGGGACCCCAGCAGAAGAGGAUGGAGGAGGGAAGGUUGACCUCAUCCUGGCUGGGGCAUUUGAAGACAUGGAUGUUGUCUUCAUGGCUCACCCCGCUCAGCAGGAUGUUGCCUUCCUACCCUGUGUAUCCAUCACAGAUGUGACAGUGAAGUACCAUGGGAAGGCGUCUCAUGCUGCAGCGUACCCCUGGGAGGGGGUCAAUGCCCUGGAUGCGGCAGUGCUGGCGUACAACAGCCUGUCAGUUCUGAGGCAGCAGCUGAAGCCAGACUGGAGACUCCAUGGCAUCAUCAAACAUGGUGGAGUGAAGCCUAACAUCAUCCCAGCCUACACCGAGCUGGAGUAUUACUUGCGCACUCCACUGGUCACAGACCUGUCUGACCUCAAAGCCAAGGCAGAGGCCUGCUUCAGGUCAGCUGCCAUGGCAACUGGUUGUCAAGUGGAGAUAACUUAUCCAAACCACACAUAUUCCAACAUCCUUCCCAACACCACCCUUGCGCAGCUCUACGAAGAGAAUGGUAGAUCCUUGGGGAUUGAGUUUGUGGAAGUGCAGAACAAUUUCUCAGGUUCCACUGACUUUGGCAACGUGUCAUUUGUCGUCCCUGGGAUACACCCUUUCUUUUACAUUGGCACCGAUGCACUGAACCACACUGAGGAGUACACCGCAGCUGCAGGUGCAGAAAAGGCCCAGUUUUACACACUCCGGACGGCCAAGGCCCUGGCCAUGACAGCUGUGGAUGUGCUGUGCUGCCCUGAGCUGUUUCACAAGAUGAGGGUGGAAUUCUCUGAGGCCAAACUGAAGCAGGAGCAAGGACCGAAAGACAAGGACACUACUGGCUCCACACAUUCAUGAAAAAAAAAACAUUGAUGACCUCGUGAUUAACAGGAAG